AUAAAUCAUCUUGAAAAGCUGGGUGACACCACUGAAGAUUUGCCGUUACAGUAAACUUGUUCCAUUUUUCACGUAUUAACUCCACCCGAUAUAAAUAUAAUUUUGUCGUCAGAAGACUAAACAGUACAAAUCAUAUUAGCAUGCUCCUACUGCUGUCGUCCGGGGAUAUCAAUAUGAACUCAGGACCUCACCAACCCAAACACCCAUGCGGAGUGUGUAGCAAAGCAGUGAAAUGGAAACAACAGGCUAUUGAAUGUGAAGACUUUUUGUCUUGGUAUCAUAAAAAAUGUAUUAAUAUGGGUGACAACAUUUUUGAGGCACUCCAGAAUCAUGAAUCUUACUUAUGGGUAUGCUGCAGUUGUGGCUUACCAAACUCUGACUCCUCCAUAUUUGAUUCCACCAAAAGCUUUGAACAAUCAAAUCCAUAUGAACCUUCAACUUCUAAUUCAAGUUUGAAUAUUCCAGAUUCGGAGAACCUACAGCCAAGAAAUGUAGACUACCCUACAUCAAGCCCUAAAGGAAAUUGUUCCCUCAUUAAUAACAAGAAAAGAAAGAGAGACAAGAAAACCAAGUUAAAUUCAAUCAAGAUUCUUAAUGUAAAUUGUCAAAGUGUUAGAGCCAAGAUAAACCAAUUUCAUGUUCUGCUAGAGACUGAAAAGCCUGAUAUAGUUACUGGUACAGAGUCAUGGCUUAAUAGCUCCAUCGCAUCCGGAGAAAUUUUUCCACCUAAUUAUCAAGUGUUCAGAAGGGAUAGACAGGAAGGCACUCAUGGCAGGGUUUUUAUCGCAAUCACCUUAAGGACACUUAAUCGCAAGUGAAGAAACCGAUUUAAGGUCCAAUUGCGAGAG